UGACUUACACUCUGAAAAAAAGGGAAGCUGUUUGAUCCAUGGAUAAAAAUCCGAGCGCCACAGAAUCACAAACAAUAGCUGGUAUUUAAAGGUAAUAUGCAGACAAACAUUUACGAAGCAACCUCUUCCCAAAGUAUCGUUUGCAGUAACUAUCCUGCAUGUGUGUGUAUAUAUAUAUAAAUAUAUGUAUAUACAUACAAGAACGGAGGGCUGGUCAACUUGAAUUGCAGCACAAGAAGGAGAAGAAAGCAGCUAGAGAAACGCCUCAGGAGAAGUAUCUUAGAGAAGAUCUGAUCUCAUUGUCAGCAUCUCAGCCCAAGACUCAUAACAGGCUGCACUAGGCUCUCCCUGCCUCCCUGGCUCACUGCUUUUUUUUUUUUUUUUUUUUAUAUCUCAUUCGUAUUUACUUCCCAGCAGCUACAACUUCUUUUUUUUUUUUCAUUUACUUUUUCAGCUAGGGAGGUUAUAUUUUAUUCUAUAUUUUGUCAUUCCCAUGCUCUUUUUGUCAUCUCAGUCGGAAUCCACCUUUCUUUUCUCUGGAAUUGUGGCUUGCAUCAAACUUUUGGUCCAAAUAGCUGCAACCAGCCAGUUCCUGUGUAAUCCCAACCUGUCAGACAAGGCAAUGCAGUCCACAUUCUAAGAGGGAACGGAAACUUGCAAGACACUUGGCUUUAACUUGGGACCUGACAUCUCUGUUUCUGUGACACAGUGGAGUUUUUUAUUAUAUGAAUGACAAUGUACAGGAAAGCACUGCUCGCCUGGCUGUUGGUGUAUGGAGUAAUGCGCUGCACUGUCCACUCCUCACCUACUGCGCUCAAGUACCCAGCACUUAGGCUUGAAGAUGAAGUGUAUGAUGAGGACGGUAACACUCUUCCAGACUUUGCUUUUGAUAACGAUCCAAUUGGUAUUGGAAAUCCUGCCUCGGUCUUAGAUGACAUGUACUCCUUUUAUUACCCGCCGGAAAAGAGACAUGCUGAUGAUCUAUUAAACAAAGCCUAUAGGAAUUUACUGGGGCAGUUGUCUGCGAGGAAAUACCUGCAUACUCUGAUGGCCAAUCGCUUAGGUGCAUUGAGUAGCAGCUUGGAAGAUGACUCGGAACCACUAUCAAAACGGCAUUCAGAUGGCAUCUUCACUGACAGCUACAGCCGCUACAGAAAACAAAUGGCUGUCAAGAAAUACUUGGCAGCAGUCCUGGGGAAAAGGUAUAAACAAAGAAUUAAAAAUAAAGGACGACGAGUAGCAUACUUGUAGCGAUGAGCAACCAGCCAACCUGUGUAUACAGACCAACAAAAUGAAAAAAAAAUCAUCAUCAAAUUGACUGAACAAUCAUCGCUCCUGUGUUAUCUACAAACAUGUAUUUAUGUAUUAAGUAAAGCCAUUAAAUGAAUAUUUUGAUAAUAAUAUUGUUUUUCUUUUGUACAAAGCACUAGAGAACGCACAGAUCUACUUUGUGGACCAAUCAAUAAGUUAUAUGUGUUAUAUAUAAAAAUAUAUAUAAGUGAGUAAAGAACAAGUACAACGUGUGCACAAAUCUUAGAAUUAUGUUUUUAUAUAACAAGAAAUAGAGAAAUGACAAUCAUUGUUUUAAAUAUUUUGCUCCUAUUUUUGUAACUUCAAAUUAAAUGGAUAGUAUUUGUAUCCACUACAGGGUUCAAGACCUUAGUUUUAACCUUUUGCUGAUGGACAUAGACAUUGAUGACCUAGACCAAGGGAUUAUGUUGCUAAUGAUUUUUGAGAAUUGCUUGGGGUGAUCGUGCCCUGAGUGAAUGUCAGCACUGGCUCCUUAAAAGCUUUUAGGAGUCCUUUCCCACUUGUUAUAUUUUCCGAAUGUUGUGCUGUCUUAAAUUCCACUUUUAUAUGUAUUUAUGUUUACUCAAAAUAGUUCCAUGACCCAAUAGUUCUUUUAAAUUAAUGGACGCUUUAAUGCUCCCCACUUUUAGAGUCACCUAUCAAACUUUUAAAUUGGACCAGGCACAUAGUAACAUUGUCCUGGCAGUAAGUGUCUGCUAGUCAAGGGACCAGAUGAAAGCUAGAAAUAGGUACAGCACAUUGUGUACAGAACUGCCCAAAAUGAAGUUUAUGGUUGUGGACCUGUCUACAAAAAAGUAAUCCAAGUUCUUCUGUAGGUCCAUUACCCAACUGACAAUGGGCAGCUUGGUAUUGGAACGGGAUACAAAGUACAAUGUGUUUCUCUCCAGUGCUGUCCAUGCUUCUCUUCAUGUGAAUCUACCAAAAAUCUUUUCUUCAGCUCUGAGUUUGGAUAUUUCUUUUUGCUGUCUUCUUGUAGGAUAUUAUACCUUCUUCCUUGCGCCCUUCACCAUUUUAAUCCUGUCAUUCCGCAAGUCAUUUCUUCUCCUAAUUGUAAACACCUCAUGUUAUGUUUAUGCAAGCUCUUAUUGUAAAGUUAGGAACCCCUGUUGUAGCUACUACUAAAUAAUUAUGCACUACUACUAAAGUUUUGUUCUUUGUUUUUUGAGUCUUUAAGAGGUAAAAUGUAUUUUUCUACAUUAUGGCUUAUUGCUUAGUAAAAGUACUUUCAUAAAACAACGUUUUGUCAUAAUAUAUUGUGUAGCAUUCAGAAAGUAUUUAUGAUUAAAUGUAAAAAGCAAAAAAAAAAAAAGCAAAAAAAAAAACAAA